AUGGCUUCCGUACCUGAGCUCGAAAAAUAUGUCUUCAAGACAGCACCUCCACUCGACCCCGCCUGGUUGGAGUAUGAAGAGGAGGUGAGGCAAAAAGGACCUCCCCGAGUAUUCAACUCUGUUCUAGAGAGACAGCCAGUUUAUGCCCAGGAAUGUCGUGAAUUGAACGCACGAAUGAUGGCUCCUGGAGCUAGAGAUUAUGAACUUUCCCAAGACAUCAUCAAGAAGGAAUUUACUAUCCCCUCGUCUCUGGAUGAGUUUCCUAUUUCUAUUCUUCAACUGGAACUGGAAAACGGCCAGCCCUCUGAUCCUGAUGUUGUCAUCAUAUAUUAUCAUGGAGGAGGCUUGAAGGUUGGCGAAGCUGAUAGCGAGGAGCUUUCCUGUCGCCGCCUGGUUAAGUGUGGCCUGGGAAGAGUGCGCCUGUACUCCAUCGGUUAUCGUCUUCUACCCUCUUCUCCUGCCAGUACAUGCUUAUCAGACUGUAUGGAUGGCUUCAAAGCGUUUGGAAGUCAAGCAACAAAGACGAUUGUGGUGGGAAGUUCGAGUGGCGGACAGAUGGCAGCUGCAGUAACUCAAGCAGCGCCAAAGGGAUCCAUACAUGGACUACUGCUGAGAUGCCCCGUCACAGCAGAUGGACCGAGCGGUGCUGAGUUUAUCCCUGAAACGCUACAACAAUACCAUACCAGCGUCUCUCCGACAUUCAUCACAUCCCUAAACGGAUACCUACAGCGAGAUACUCCAAGGGAUGGCCUCGACAAGCUUCCCCUGGAAGUCACAAAAGCUGAAUUGGAGGGCCACCCUCGGACUUGGAUUCAGCUCGUCUCAAACGAUACGAUUUAUUCAGAUGGACUCUGUUAUGCUAUUCUUCUGAGGCAGACGGGUAUCGAAGCUCAAGUGCAGGUCGAGAUGGGCUGGCCUCAUACGUUCUGGUUGAAAGCCCCUCAUCUGGCUCACGCUUUGGCAGCCGAGGAAAGGAUGGUGGAGGGGCUGAGGUGGCUUCUUGAAUGA